CCACAACUAUGGCGAGGUUGCGACAAAGGUAGAAGACGACGGGUCUGUUCUGUCACCUCUCGCAGCUGUCACGGUCUCGAGCAACUCAUUCCUGCACUGACAAACAAUGCCGCGCUCUGCAGUAAACCCGUGCUCUGCUUGACGGAAAUCUCCUGGCCAUGGAGCCCGUGGAAGCGCGGGAAGAAGGCCAUGCGCCGAACCCAGCGGCCGCGGCGAGGGGCUACUGGCGGUGGAGCAAGGAGGACUUCUUCCCGGAGCCGUCGUUCGCGAGCUGGGGCGCGUACCGCGGUGCGCUGGCCGCGACGCCCGCACGGCUCAUGGACCGCCUCAUCGCCGGCCGCUCCACCGACGCCGCGGAGCUCGGCGACAUGCGGCGCCGGAGCGAGAACGAGAUGCGCCGCUGCCUCACCUGGUGGGACCUCACGUGGCUCGGCUUCGGCUGCCACCUCGGUGCCGGCAUAUUCGUGCUCACCGGCCUGGAGUCCCGCGACCACGCGGGCCCCGCCGUCGUGCUCUCCUAUGUGGUGGCCGGCGUCUCCGCGAUGCUCUCCGUGUUCUGCUACGCCGAGUUCGCCGUCGAGAUCCCCGUGGCUGGAGGCUCCUUCGCGUACCUCCGCGUGGAGCUCGGUGACGUCGCGGCCUUCGUCGCCGCCGCGAACCUCAUCCUCGAGAGCGUCAUCGGCACGGCCGCGGUGGCGCGCGCCUGGACGUCGUACCUCGCGUCGCUCUUCAGCAGGCCGGCCAGCGCGUUGCGGGUGCGCGCGCCGUGGGUCGCCGAAGGGUACGACGAGCUGGACCCGAUCGCUUCCGCGGUGAUCGUGGCCACCGCGACCAUGGCCAUGCUGAGCACCAAGGGCAGCUCCCGCGUCAACUGGGUGGCAUCGGCGGUGCACCUGCUCGUGUUAGCGUUCAUCAUCGUGGCCGGGUUCCUGCACGCGAAGCCGAGCAACCUGACCCCGUUCGUGCCGUACGGGGUGCCGGGCGUGUUCCGGGCGGCGGCGGUGGUGUACUUCGCGUACGGCGGCUUCGACAGCAUCGCCAACAUGGCGGAGGAGACCAAGAACCCGUCCAGGGACAUCCCGGUGGGGCUGAUCGGGUCCAUGUCGGUGAUCACGGCCAUCUACUGCACGAUGGCGCUGGUGCUGAGCAUGAUGCAGCCGUACACGGCGAUCGACCGGAGCGCGGCCUUCUCGGUGGCGUUCGGCGCGGUGGGGAUGCGGUGGAUGAAGUACGUGGUGGCGGUGGGCGCGCUCAAGGGGAUGACGACGGUGCUGCUGGUGGGGGCGCUGGGGAACGCGCGGUACGCGACGCACAUCGCCCGGAGCCACAUCAUCCCGCCGGUGUUCGCGCUGGUGCACCCGAGGACCGGCACGCCCGUGCACGCCACCACGCUCAUCACCGCCGCCAGCGCCAGCGUCGCGUUCUUCUCCAGCCUCGACGUGCUCGCCAGCCUCCUCUCCAUCAGCACGCUCUUCAUCUUCGUCAUGAUGGCCGUCGCGCUCCUCGUCCGCCGGUACCACGCGCGGGGCGUGACGAGCCGGGCGCACGGGCGGCGGCUCGUGGCGUUCCUGCUGGCGAUCGUCGGCUCGUCGGCAGGCAUCGCGGCGUGCUGGGGCGCGGCGCCGGAGCGGUGGGUGGGAUACGCCGCGCUGGUGCCGGUAUGGGCGGCGGCGACGCUGGGCGUCCAGCUGCUGGUGCCGGUGGCCCGCGCGCCCCGGCGGUGGGGCGUGCCGCUCGUGCCGUGGCUGCCCUCGCUGUCCAUCGCCACGAACUUCUUCCUCAUGGGUUCCCUCGGCGCGCAGGCGUUCGUCCGUUUCGGCGUCUGCACCGCCGUCAUGAUGCUCUACUACGUGCUCGUCGGGCUGCACGCCACGUACGACGUCGCGCACGACGGGUCCGGGGAGGAGCGGGCGGACCACGGGGAUGCUGCCGGUGACGAGAAGGCAGCGGUGGCGGUGGCGGUUGCUGCCACCGAUGUAGAAAAGUCCGGCGGAGAUGGUGGGCAAUAGGAUGGCCGGCAUCGGUCCGCGUCGAUCUGGAUCACCACGCUAUUUUUUUUUUUUUGAGAUGUGGAUCACCACGCUUGAUAAUAUGGACAUGGUACUGUUGGUGUUGGACAA